AUGCAUCACUGCAAGAGGUACCGGUCCCCGGAGCAGGAGAGCUACCUGGGUCACAGGUGGAAGAGGAAGAGGUCUCGCAGCAGAGACUACGAGGGGAGACUGCGAUACCCACCCCGGAGGGAUCUCUCCCGGAGAUCGCGAUCGAGAAGCCAUGACAGGAUGCCUUAUCACAGGAGAUACAGACGGGACAGUGACGCCUACAGAUUUGAAGACCGAAGCCCUUCUUUUGGAGAGGACUAUUACUCGACCCGCUCGCGAAACUGGCGGCGAUCCAGAGGCAGAGAGCAGCACCGUCCGAAGAAGCAUCAGCAUCACUGCCGGAAACGCAGGACCAGGUCUUGUAGCAGUGCCUCCUCGAGAAGCCAACAGAGCAGUAAGCGCAGCAGGAGCGUGGAAGAUGACAAGGAAGGCCACCUGGUGUGCAGGAUCGGCGAUUGGCUUCAAGAGCGAUAUGAAAUUGUCGGCAGCCUUGGCGAAGGCACUUUUGGCAAAGUGGUGGAGUGUGUGGACCAUGCCAGAGGCAAAUCUCAGGUGGCGCUGAAAAUCAUAAAAAAUGUUGGAAAGUACCGAGAAGCAGCCAGGCUGGAAAUUAACGUCUUGAAAAAAAUCAAAGAGAAGGACAAGGAGAACAAAUUCUUGUGUGUCCUCAUGUCAGACUGGUUCAACUUUCAUGGCCACAUGUGCAUUGCCUUUGAGCUUCUGGGCAAGAACACUUUCGAGUUCCUGAAGGAGAAUAACUUCCAGCCAUACCCUCUCCCUCAGAUCCGGCACAUGGCCUACCAGCUCUGCCAUGCCUUGAGAUUUUUACAUGACAACCAGCUGACGCACACUGACCUCAAACCAGAAAACAUCUUGUUUGUCAACUCAGAUUUUGACACUCUGUACAACGAGAAAAAGAGCUGUGAGGAGAAAUCCAUUCGGAACACGAGCAUUCGUGUGGCAGACUUUGGAAGUGCCACCUUCGAUCACGAGCACCACACCACUAUCGUGGCUACCCGGCACUACCGUCCACCAGAAGUGAUUCUGGAGCUGGGCUGGGCGCAGCCGUGCGACGUCUGGAGUACCGGCUGCAUUCUGUUUGAGUAUUACCGUUGCUCUUUUCUUUUGCAGACCCAUGAGAAUCGUGAGCAUCUUGUCAUGAUGGAAAAGAUCCUCGGGCCAAUUCCAUCUCACAUGAUCCACAAAACUCGGAAGCAAAAAUAUUUCCACAAUGGGAACCUGGUAUGGGAUGAGAACACGUCCGAUGGGAGAUACGUCCAAGAGAACUGCAAGCCCCUGCGGACAUACAUGCUGCACGACUCGCUGGAGCACGCACAGCUCUUUGACUUGAUGAGGAGGAUGUUAGAAUUCGACCCUUCCCGGAGGAUCACGUUCUCGGAAGCCCUCCUGCAUCCCUUCUUUGCUGGCCUCUCUGCAGAGGAAAGGAUGCUGUGCGGUCGAGGCGCCAGCCGGGACCUGAGCAGAUGA